CGAGCAGUUUUAUGGACCAUAAGGUCCUCCCCUCGGCUGUCACGAGAUAUCAAUUAUAUGCUGCUAUUAUGGAGUUCUUAUAUCAUGGAAUAUUGAUAGCUAAGGUGAAUUGUAAUUAGAUUACUUUAGUAUAAAAUUCGUAAUCCUACUUACAUAAAGGAUUUUAUGUCGAUUGCUUAUUGCUUUGUGCUUUGUAAAAUAAUUGCUAAAAUUCUUACUCAGAGAAUACAAUUAAUGAUUGGCCAUGUUGUUGAUCUUGCUCAAGUUGGUUUUAUGCCUAUCAUCUCUAAUAAUAUCUUAUUAGCUACUAAGCUUGUAAUAGACUAUUCCACUAAGCAUGUGAGUCCAAGAUGUAUGUUAAAAAGUGAUCUUAUGAAGGCUUAUCACUCUAUUGAAUGGUCAUUCCUUAGAGUUGUUCUUGAUUGGGUUUUCCUCCGAAAUUUGUUGCUUUGAUUAUGACUUAUGUGUCUUCAAUGUCUUAUUAUAUUGAUUAAUGGGCUCCCUAGUCCUCCCUUCUUUGCCAAAAAAGGUUUGAGGUAGGGAGAUCCCAUGUCUCCCAUUUUAUUUGCUAUCUGUAUGGAAUACUUAUUCAGAUGCUUGGGAAGACUGAAAAAUAUUCCUGAGUUUUACUUCCAUCCAAGAUGUGAGAAACUGGGCAUCACACACUUCAUGUUUCUAGAGCUGAUACAAGUUCAUUUCAGUUUGUUUUUGAAGCUUUCCACAACUUCUCUGAUGCUUUCAGGUUAGAAGCUAAUCUUGAUAAGAGUAUUUUCUUUAUUGUUGGUGUUGAUGGUAAUAGAGCUCUCAUAUUACAAGCUUUAAUUCAAGUUCCUUUUGGAACUAUCCCAUUCAGAUAUUUAGGUGUGUCUUUGGCCUCUAGGAAGCUAUUUUACAAUGAAUGUAAACCUUUGAUUGAGAAGGUUGUAUCUAGGAUUAAGAGCUAGACAGUUAAAAAGCUUUCCUAUGCUGGUAGAGUACAUCUCGUAGCUUCUGUAAUUCAGGGUAAUCAGCUUUAUUGGAGUCAAAUCUUCAUAAUGCCUAAGAAGGUCCUCACAGAAAGUCACAAGUAUAGAGCUUAUCUGUGGACUGGAGUAGAUUCAUCUUCCAAAAAGGCUCUAGUGUUUGGGAUACUCUCUGUACCCCUAAGGUUUGUGGUGGUAUGAACUCCAAAGAUUUAUUCACCUAGAAUAAGGAUGCAAUUCCUAAGCUCUGUUGGGCUUUAUCUAGAAAACAAGACAGGUUGCGGAUUAACUGGUUGCAUGCUUAUUACAUCAAGCAUCAUGAUGUGUACCAGAUCCCCCCCCCCCCCCCCCCCCAAAAAAAAAAAAAAAAAAGAUUUUGACGGGCUUUCAAGAAGAUUUUUGAAACAAGGGAGCUUCUUAUUGGACAUACUUCGUUCUUAUUGGAACUUCUCUAUUAAGCACCUCAAUAAGCAUACGAAAAGUGAUGCAAAGAAAGUUCCUUGGAGAAGAGUUAUCUGUAACAGCAAAGCAACUCCUAAAGCUAUUUUAUUGUUUGGUUGUGUUUUCAUGGCAGAGUUAGCACUGAAACUACAUGUUUCAAUGGAGCCUGGUGAGUGGUGACUGAUAUGGGUAAUGUUCUAUGCAAUAAUUUUGAGGAAACAUUGGAGCAUUUUUUAUAUAUUAUUGUAGGCAUAGUGCUCAGAUUUGGAAGAGUUGUCUGCAGGUGUUCAAUAUUACUAGAGAUGUUUUGCCUUGGAGUAAUGAAGUUCAGCUGGUGAGUAAGCUUAAUUAGUGGCAAACAACAUGGCAUUAAACAUAUUAUAACAUGCUUUUCAUUGAAGCAAUCUAUCACAUAUGGUUGUAGAGAAAUCAGAAGAUUUUUAAUCAAACUCUGUUCAACCCUCAGUCCCUCAAGAGACUAUGUAGCUCAUUGUUUUUCCAGUUGCUACUAGAGUAGAUGCUACUCUUAGGAGUAAGCUAUUAUUGUAGCUGUGUCGUAAGGUGUUUGUUGUUUCAUUGGGUUUUUGUAUGCUGGUUUUGUAAAACUGAGUUUGUUCAGGAGUAGAUUGGACUGAUCUGGGUUGUACCUGAUUCCAAAUCCUGCCUAGAAGGUGGGGGAAUAUGGUAUAAUUUUGGAUUUUGUCUUAUGGUGGAUAGGUUGUAUCAUAUUUAUUUAUUUUUUUCAAUAAAAGAUUUGAAUUGCCAAAAAAAAUAAGACUAAUUUUUAGGUGACAUGUUAUUAUGUAAUCAAAUUACUGGGGUUGCUAACAAGUUUUCUAAUUAUCUUAUUAAGCGUUAGAACAGUUCUUAAGAUCUUUGAUUAGCAGGAAUAAGCAUGUGCGGUGAUAAAAGCAAUAUAUCAUAUAAUCAUGCUUACAAAUAUGAAUAAUAUAUAGAAAUAUAAAAGAAAGAGAUUAUAGAAGAAUGUACAAUAUAGUGUUUAUUCCUUAAAGAUCUAUAUUAUGACCAUUGAAUUGGAAUUGACCCUCACGAGUUAUACUUUUGUUGCCUAGGUCCUAUAUAAUGAUCUUAGGGAUAAGCAAUCUUGAAGCUUGAAAAGGAAAUUCAAAGUUGGCUCCGUGGGCAAUGGAGAUAGAGGAUAGGAAGUAAAACAUCGAUAUUUUUUUAGGUUAUGAGCAUAAAAAUGAAGGGCCUACUGAAAGGCCUCAGAUAUAUUUCUCAGAUUUUUGAGGAAGAGGAGGAAGAGAAGGAGAUGCAAAUAGGCUUUCCUACAGAUGUAAAGCAUGUAGCUCAUAUUGGGUGGGAUGGUCCAUCUGUAAAUUCACCUAGUUGGAUGAAUGAGUUUAAAUCACCAGCACCAGGAAAUGCAUCAUCUCCCGCACAAGUUAAUGGAGAAGCUAAUAAUAAGGACGCUGAGGACGUCAAUGGAGUUUCACAAGGUUCAUCCGCCAAGAAAAGUACAGUAAAAGAUUCACCAGGGCGAGACUUGCCAGGAUUGCCAAAGUCAUCAAGACGACAACCAUCAGUGGAGAGUAUAGGGUCAGCAGACUCCCCAAUGGGGAGUCCAAAUCAUAAAUCAAGGUCUUCAAGGAGGCGCCAUAAACAUAAGGAAAUUACUAGUCCUAGAGGUGAAUCAUCCAACUCUCAGACUCUUCCUAACAUACCAAAGAAAUCUCGAAGAAAGAAAUCCAAAGAUGGUGAAGGCUCACUCAAGUCAUCUUCGAGGUCGAAAGAGAAAGGUUCAAGGAACGGAUCAAGGCAUGGAUCUGAUGACGGAUCAGUGACUAAGCAGUACAACGGCGAGGCCAAUUCGAGCUCGAGUUUGUCUUCGCUCAAGGAAGAGGAGGUGAAGGGAUUGUAAACUAAUUAAACACUCAGGUUAAUUUUCAAGGGGCGUUAGGGAGCUUGAUCUUCUACAAAAGCAAAGACUGCUAAUAUUGUCAUUUGUUUGCUAAAAGAGGUGAAAGAGAGAAAUGCCAGCAGUUAGCUUCUUAGAGAAGAAAGUUGGCUUCUUUUUGUUUGUUUUGUUGGGUUUAUAUUGGUAGAUUUAUGAUUUCUCUGGAAAACAGCAAGAUAUUGUAAAGCUACGGAACAAUAUCUUCAUUUUUUGAGCUUCAUGUAGAAUCUUCCCAUCAUUUGUAAUAUAGAUGAGUAGGAAGAAUAUACAGGGAAAAGGCAAGAAAAGCACAAAACUCGUGUAUUAUUUUGCAUACGUA